AUGGAUGCUUUUCAGUCGGGCGCGCCGCGGCUGGCGGGUUGUGAAGGCGCAGGACGCAGGCCUUCUGAGGAGUACACCUCCCGCUACACGGUCGUGAAGAACUCAUGGAAGGGGAGUUACAUGCGCAUCUUUUGCAUCGGACCCCAAAAGGUGGCGACAAUCAACCCGCAAAGUAUCUUCCGCGUCACCAACAGCUGGGACUACACGUCUCAGCUCGUCGAUGUCGUGGCUUCUGCAGGCAGCCUGACGGGCUUCACGGUCACCACAGGCAGAACAGGGAAGCCAGACACAAUGAACUUUCACUGCAAUACCGCCAUGGAGCGUGCGGCGUUGCUCACGGAUGUGCAACGAAACCGCCCAAUAUUUGAUGUGAGGUACAGACAGCAGGCCUUUGCCCAUCUGUUUUUUGCCCGCAAGUACUGCUUUGAUGAGGGGUACCGCAACUGCCGUCUUCGCAUCACAAACGUCGCCGUAGAGCAAUUGAACCACGACGGAAAUGUGGUGGGGGUGUAUUUAUUUAUGCAUAUUAAAGGACUUACCUCAAUUCAAGACAACCCACGUACCCUUGUUGUUCUGUACGGCCCGCAGCUAAAGAUGCACCUGUAUGAAAUGGACGAUCCUCAGCAGGUGGUCUCACUUACGGAGGAGUUUGCGAGGCGGUUUAUCGGUCUUCCGCCCUUCCGUAAGGUGCGGCGGCUAACUCAGCAGCAAUUUGACACCGACCGUCUUGGCGUGGAUCGGGCGGAGUUGGCGCCGACGGCCGAGUUCCCUGUGAUGAAGUGGAGCUCGAAGCACCCCGACACUCCCGUGCGGCGCACGUUAGCGACAACGCAAAAGUGUCUUUUGGAGCUGGAUUCCUCCACAUAUACCCCCGUCAGUGUCUUCUUUUUCGCGGACGUGUGUGCGCUCAUACGCUCUGAGGGGGACAACCAGGGGCUGAUGCUUCAGUUCAAGGAGCCGGCGAUUACGAAGCGAUACACGUCCCCGAUGCGGGAUGCGCUGCUAGCACACCUCGUGGAUUGCUGUCGCGGAGCCCGCAAUCUUAAUGUGUGUGUGAUUACAAACCUCUUUGAUCGCGGAAAGCGCGCGGCGCCGUGCGGGACGCUUAUCCCGGAGGAGAUUGAGAGUACACUCCUGAACUGCCUCAUUGACCCUAGCAAGGGCGGUGGCGCGUUUGUCUUGAGUUUCCCAGAGGUGGUGGAAUUUUUCAACGCCAACAUCGAGUACAGUGGACUUCGCUUCACCGAGAAUCGUGAGGGAUUCUUUGCGGAGAACCGGGAAAAGAUGAUUUUUAGCGCCCUCGUCACGUUGUUAAGCAGGUUCCCCGUGAGUGAUGAUCCGUUGGUCGUGGUGCAGCAGUUUUAUGCCCUCCGACGACUAUGUGUCACUCGCAUUGGGUUUAGCUCCGCCGCCGUCGUGCCGUCCUUUAUGAAAAGCAUUCAGUCUGUGAGUGUGAGAGCGCUAAAAAUGAACAAUGUUGCCGUUUCGCAUGCGGUAAUCGAUUUCCUUGGCGUUCUCAUGACACCCCACCACGACCACUACGAGUUAGGUCAUGAGAAGGCGAACAAAAAUCACCUACUCGGACAAGAGCAGCUCGUGCAGCAUUUGCUUCGGCUGCUAAGCGACUACACCACAGCGGAUAGUGCGGCUCUUGUCGUGCAAGCCUUGUUGGAUUUCUUCGUUUACGCCUUGUGCCCGCCUUACUCUGAGUCGACAGAAGCCACAUUAUUUGUUUCCUUGAUGAAUGAUUUAGUUGAUACAGCAGGGACAGAGCUCCUUGUACUCAUGCAGCAUAGCUGCAACGCCAUCAGCUACAGCGCUGGACAGCUGAUUCGUGUGAUCAUGGAGGAGGGAACAAGUGAGCAAUUCUUUGCCAUGCAGCUGGCCGCCCUUCGCCAAGGUGGCAUCCUUGGCCAGCUUCAUUUAGCCAUAUUUGGUAACAACCGUGAAAUACGUGAUCUUGCCCGUCAACUCAUUGCGUAUUGGACCUACCAAAACACGGACAUGCAAGAUCUCCUGCGGUGCAUAUUUCCUCCGGCAUUGUUGCACUACCUUCAAUCCUCUGAGGAUGCCCCGGAAGACGAGAAGGAAAAGGAACGCCAGAGGAGUGUUGUGGCCAUGACGGAUGAAUUUUGGGAGUCGAAGAUUGGGUUAUUUAGGAAGCGGUUUCACCCGAGCGAGAUCCUUUCGAGAGCUGGGGGUCAGCAUCCAUCCACGGCGCGGAGUGAGAGCGCGUCCAGGCGCCAUAGAGAGGUGAAGGUGAAGACGACGCUGAACUGGCCCAUGUUUUUCUAUGAAAUUAAACAGGACCACAUGCGAGCGGAGUUGAUUUGGAACCAUACCACAAGAACGGAGUUACGUGCGGCCUUAGAAGCCGAGAUGCAGGCCCUAAAGCUGGGAAUGUCGCUACGUCAGGAGGAGCCCGUCUCGUGGAAUUACCGGGAGUUCGAGGUGCGCUAUCCAAGCCUUGACGAUGAACUUAAGAUUGGGCAGCACUACCCGCGUUUACUCUUUGAGAUGAAAGACGCAGUCAUUUCUAAGCCGAAGGAUUUUUUCAACGACAUGUAUCAUCGUUUUCUUCUCUCACAAGAACCCAAAACCAAGCUGAGUUGCUUGCAUGGCAUGUCGAUUCUCUAUGAACAUUACGCCGCGGCUAUUGGACAAUUCAACGAUCUGGAGUACAUUCUGAAGAUGCUGGAGACGACGAUGGAUCCCAACUUCCGCGACCGUUUACUUCUUUUCAUCCUACAGCUGCUGCGCGCUCGACCCAACGUGAAGCUCUUUUUGGACUGCGGUGGAUUAAACCCACUCGUGGAUCUCUUAACACUUGCCCACCUACACGUGGACAGGCCCCAGCUUCGAAGUGCGACAAGCGCCAUUGAGCACGUCGUCAGCCCAGGCGAUCUUCAGGAUCAAGAAAAAGAGUGGUACUACACAAAAGAUGGAGUCAAGCAGGAUCCCGUCUCCUACACCCGUCUGAAGCAAUUGUACGAAGCAGCAGAGGUGAAGAAUGAUACAAAGGUUUGGGCGCAAGGAUUACCAGGCUGGAUGGAGCUAAAGGAUGUUCCCCAAUUACGUUGGGGUAUUGUGGCAAGUAAAAGCAGUAAACUGCUCACGCUGUCAGAAGUGUCUGGGGUCGUCCUUGACAUCUUUUCACUCCUCUGUGCAGGUUUCCCCUCCAGGGAUGAGCACGGCGCCAUCAUGCAACCCCCUCCGCGGGUAAAGCGCUUCCUUUCAGGUCCACAGGUGCUUCCACACGUUGUGCAAUUACUACUGACCUUUGACCCGGCCCUGUGUGCCCGCGUUCAUUCGCUCUUGUACCUUGUGAUGGAGUACAAUCCGCUCAUGCCCCGCUUCUUCUUGACUGGUGUGUUUUUCUUUGCACUCAUGUACACCGGAUCCGAUAUUCUGCCGCUAUGUCGACUGCUGCAUCUCUCGCAUCGUAGACAGGCAUUUCGGUUGCAACACGACAAUGAGAUUAUAAGUCAAAGCAUCCUUAGCACAAUGCUCCCACCAGCACUCGUGUGCUUUCUAACAAAUCAUGGACCUCAACGGUUUGCGGAUAUUUUGCUUGGGGAAUACGAGACCCCAGAGGCUAUUUGGGGCAAAGAUAUGAGAAGAUACCUUGUGGGGAAGAUUGCCGCUCACGUUGCCGACUUCACACCACGGCUUUUGGGCAACAACCGUGCUGUGUAUCAGUACUGUCCUAUCGUGGGUGUCGUGUACGAGCCGCUGCGAGAUGAACUGUUUUGCUCCCAGUACUACCUGCGCCACUUCUGUGACGAGUUGCGGUAUCCGAAUUGGCCCGUCGAGGACCCUGUCUCCCUCCUCUGCGAGGUGCUGAAGGCGUGGCGGCGGGAGCUUGCGAAGCAGUCAAGUGGUCUCACGCGCGACGGGUGCCUGGAAGAACUUGAGAUUGUUGACCGCACCAACCUGACACCGCAGGUGGUGCGCAAGGCUUACUUUAGGCUUGCCGCGCAGUAUCACCCGGACAAAAACUCGGAGGGGAGGGACAAAUUCGAACGCGUUCAGCGGGCCUACGAAUUUCUCGCUUCCGACGCGAGGGCGUCGAAUGAACCGAACCCGCACAAUGUUGCGCUUUUACUUCGAACGCAGUCGAUUCUGUUUAGGCGAUUUAGUGACGCGAUGAGGGGGUAUAAGUACGCGGGGUAUGGGCUGCUGCUGAAGCUCGUCAGCAUGGAGUACGGCGACCCAGAAAUGCUGCACAAAGAUGUGGUGCUCAUCGAACCCGCGACAGAGUUGUGCUACUUUACUGUGCAAAACGUGCCACUGAACACCGACGAGUUGCAGGAGGAAGGCGGCAUUGAACUCUUGUCAGGUGUCACCCAACGCUGUUUUGAGACGCUUACCCUAAGCGCCACCGACGACUUAAACCAGGUGAAGGUUGCGCGACAUUGCAUGCUUACUUUUUGCGUCGCCGCAGCGUUCCCAGACUGUCGUCGGCAUAUUAUAGCGGAACCUGCCAUCUGUCACCUUGCCGCCAAAGGCAUCGCGUACGAGAAGGCGCCGGCACUCUCUCGCGCCUGUAUUCAGGCCUGCCAGGCUUUCUGUGUAGACGAGACUCUGCAGGAACGGGUUUUAAAAUCUGGUGCCAUUUGGCAUUUGCUGCUUUUUCUCUUUCGCUACGAUUAUACCUUGCAUGAAAAUGGACUUGAGCUUCAGGAAGAACAUCAUACUCAACUGUUUGCAAACAGGGCAGCCAUUUACGCCCUGCAAGCCAUCUAUGCCUUGGCUGGAAUUUGUCCGAGUGACGCAUACCUGCAGACGAAACCCAACGCUGGCAUUCUCCACUUGCUGCAGAAGCUACUGACACCUUACGUUGUGCAACGCAUGCGACUGUUUCCAGGGGGUGAGAAGGAUGUGCUGCAGCUACUCAACAGCAACCACAAGACACCGUAUUUGCUGUGGGACAACACAACACGAGAGGAGCUCAUGGAGGUGCUUAAAGCAAACUCGGAAAAAUGUCGUGAGGCAGGAAUGUUUAGCGAGGAUCUUCCAUCCUUGUCAGACUGCGACGUUCGUUAUUCUGUUCACAGGAAUGAACUUAUUGUCGGGGGAAUGUUUGUGCGUGUGUAUAAUGAGCAACCGAGCUUUGCUGUGGAGGACCCGGUGGCGUUUUGUGGGGCCCUGAUCAAGUUCCUAGAGCAUCAAUUAACAAAUAAUACUACUACCGGUGUCGCCGUAGCGCUGGAAGCUUUGAAAAAUUUGUUAGUUGCUUAUGCAGCACCUGGGGUCUUGAGCACUUUGGCGCAACACGUUGAGGUGUUGAUAAAGGGCUUACUAUAUACCGAUGUUCACGUUAUUGUGAAGUUGCUAGAACUGCUUGAGAAGGCUGCGCUUCAUUGUGAAUGCCUCCAGGCGAUUGGUAAGGUUAACUAUGCCAUGGCAUAUCUCAUCUUGGCGUGGGAUCAUGGUGGUGAGGCGGUGGAACCACGCUGCCUGGCGUUUUUGCGCGCUGCUCUUGCGGAUCGUGGUGUAGUACAGCAAACAUUGGAUCGAGGCCUGUAUGCUGUGCUGCUUCGCAGUUUUGGGACCGCCACCUUGCCAGAGUGUAGAGAUGAUGCUUGUGCCUCUCUUGCAAAGGCCUGUUCAGAUAAGCUGUGUGGACCCAAGAUGUUUCUGCGGGCCUCCAAACUCGUUCCUUCUGUGAUACUUGAAAUGAUGAAGGAAAACACCGUAAACGCCUGCCAGCUGUUUGACACCUGGCAGGAAACACCAGAGUUGGUGUGGACGAGCGAGCGUCGGUCACGCUUUGUGGAGGUGUGUAAAGCAUGUCAAUCUGAUAUUGUGGAUCUACUACGACACGAUCCAACGGCCUAUUGGAAAAUGCCAGAGAACAUUCUCAUGGAGGGAACUGCUGAAUUGCAACUCGGUGGGGUGUACUUGGAGCGGUACCUUAACCAGCCGGGGUGGAAGGUGCGAAAACCUAAGGAAUUCCUUGCAGCACUCUUGGAACGCUUUCUAGUGGAGUGUGGGCGAGCGACGGAGGAACGAAAUGCGGAGGUGAUUUCUCUCAUCGCAGACUCCGGUGUUCGUCUGCUACAGAUGACCCCCACAGUGACCGACUACGUUGUCUCACUUGGGUAUGCGCACAAGUUGUUUAACCUAUUGGAGUUGGGAGACAGGGUGGUCGCGGAGAAUGCCCUGAAAUGGGUGCAUGAGAUCUGUGCCUCUCGCUUCUGCGUCGAGAGUCUCGGGAAUUUUGACCCCGUUUCUUCCAUCCUCAUCUGUCUGCGGGCGCAGGUGCUGCAGCUUCCGCUAAUCAUGGACACCAUGGAUCGACUACUCUCGUGGUCUUCUGAGCUGGCAAACAUGAUCCGACUUGCCCUCCGCAAUCAACUCCCGCAGUAUUUGCUGCAGCUUCUUGAAGAGGGCAUCACACCAGAGACGUGCGGGGACCAAUCACCAGCGGCGGUGCGGGCUUUAAUCAUUAAAACGCUCAAGACGAUGGUGGCCGUCCAGGAUCCUUUCCAUGGCCCCCAGUUGGAGGCUAUCCUUUCUGAAAGCAAAGUCUGGGUAAAGUACAAGAACCAAAGCCAUGACCUUUUUCUCUCUGACACACGCUUUGGCGGAUACUUGGAGGGCCCCCAUAACGCAACUCAGAUGUUGCUCUCGCUCACUGCCGCACCCCUACCAGAUGACAGCAACGGCGAUGAACCUCCACCCCUUUAA